AAGACAGGUAAAACUGGAUCUGCCAGUUUCAGCAAUGUCUGCUUUAUGAAAACACAAGUCACAAGGAUCAGAGGGAAGUCUGUGAUCUCCAGCCUCUUUAUUUUGUAUUGUUAUUUUCCCUGCGGAGGGAGGAAAGCGGCUGAGUGAAAACAGCCGAACGCCGGGACGGGCAGCACCAGCUAACUGUGACCGAGGACUGAAUCAUUUAAAUCAAUACCAACAUCGAUAAAUCACCGGGAAAACAAAGGCAGAGUUGGAGCCGCUUCAAUGGAUCGAUACGAUGACCUGGAUCUGGAGUGUGAAAGGGGAGGAGGCGUAGUUGAAAAAGUGGCGGUAUUCGGUGGGAUGUUUAAGAAAUCCCUCAAGUCAUCAGAACCAUCUCUCAAAGCACAGGACAGUUUAUCAGUCAGCAGUGAGCUUUCCAAGAGCGACGAGAGUCUGACUGACAGCAGCACCAAGGAGAAAGGAGGCGUAUUUAAAGGGAUGUUUAAGAAGACCAACAAGGCUGCCAAAGAGGAACAGCCACAGGUCUCCCUGUCAGUACAAAACCCUGAACUGUCCGUCAGCAGUGACAGCUUAACAGACAACAAGCCAUCAAAGGAGAAAUCAGGUGUGUUUGGUGGGAAACUGAAAAGAUCUCCUAAACCAGGACAUGUCCGCAGGCCCUCACAGGAUCUUUUGGAAGACAAGUUUGCAGCCAUUGACGACAGUCUGUCAGAAAACACCACAGCUAAGGAAAAAUCCGGUGUGUUCGGUGGGAUCCUGAAACGCCAUGCCCGGAGGCCAUCCCAGGAUCUUCUGGACAAUGAGUUCACAGCCAGUACCGACAGUCUGUCUGAAAACACCACAACUAGGGAGACAGGAGGGGUGUUCAGUGGGAUGUUUAAAAAAUCACCAAAGCCUUCUGCAGCACAAUCACAGGAGGAUUUGUCUGCAUCCAGCGAGCUGUCAGGCAACAAAGACAGUCUGUCUGUGAACAGCAACACUAAGGAGAGCGGAGGGAUGUUCAGUGGGAUGUUUAAAAAACCACCAAAGCCUUCUGGAGCGAAGACACAAUCUCAGGAGGAUUUGUCUGCACCCAGCGAGCUGUCAGGCAGCAAAGAAAACCUGUCUGUAGACAGCAACACUAAGGAGACAGGAGGGGUGUUCAAUGGGAUGUUUAAAAAAACACCAAAGCCUCCUGCAGCAAGGACAGAAUCCCAGGAGGAUUUGUCUGCCCCCAGCGAGCUGUCAGGAAGCAAAGACAGUCUGUCUGUGAACAGCAACACUAAGGAGGCAGGAGGGAUGUUCAGUGGGAUGUUUAGAAAAUCGCCAAAGCCUUUUGGGUCGAGGACACAAUCUGAGGAGGAUUUGUCUGCACCCAGCGAGCUGUCAGGCAGCAAAGACAGUCUAUCUGUGAACAGCAACACUAAGGAGACAGGAGGGAAGUUUGGUGGGUUGUUUAAAAAACCACCAAAGCCCUUAGGAAAGAGGACACCAUCUCAGGAUGAUUUGUCUGAUGCCAGCGAGCUCUCGGGAAGCAACAGCAAUCUCUCAGAGAACACUAAAGAGAAAGGAGGAAUCUUCAGUGGAGUGUUCAGAAAGAAAGUUGCCAGAUCUCAGUCUAAGGAGGAUUUGACCGUGGAUAGUGAACUCUCUGCCAGCAGUGACAGUCUCAUAGAGAAGCCUUCAAAGGAUAAGGAAAAGACUGAGCACUCAGGAGACUCAAAUGAGAAUACAUCUACUGCAGAGAAGCCUAAAGCCAAGCAGAGCGGUUUCAGUGCGAUGAUGAAGAGCACGUUCUCCACUGACAAACAGGAGAAGGAAUCCGGCUCUGACAGUGAGGAGAUGUUGGACAUUGAAGAGAGCCAGCCCAGUCACAAACAGAGUACAUUUGCUGGGGCCAUGGAGAAGCUGAAUCCUUUUAGAUCUGCAAACAAAAAUGAAAAGCAGUCGAGCUCAGAUGAGGAGGAUCCACCUGCGAGCAGCGAGAAGUCUUCAGGCCACAAACAGGCUGGAGUCAUGUCCAAACUGAAUAUAUUCCGCUCUACACAUAAAAAAAACACUGAAGAAGACGCACAGGAGCAUGAGCAACCAGGGGAAGAGAAGCCAAAACCGGUCAAAAGCAACAUGAUCCAGCGAGAGAGAAAGGAAAGAAGUGAAACUCCAACGGUCCCACCCAGACCUUCUAAAGAGGAAAUGAAGAGGACGUCCAUAUACGACGAAGGAAAUGAGGACGAUCAGGAACUGAAUAAAACAGCUGCGAGACAAAAGCAGAAGAGCAACCAUCAGAGCCAAUCAGACGAUGAAGGCCUCAUGGAUGGAUCUGCAGGAGCCAGAGAGGGAGAGGAAGAAAGCAAAGCAGCCAAGGUGAAAAAACCUAGGCGCCAUAAUCCAUUUAUGCAGCGUGCUGGAGCAAAGGCUCAGUCUGAUGAUGAAGGGCUCGAUGGAGAAGAUGAUUCUUCACCCAAAGAGGAAACGAAAGAUGAAGAGGGCAAGGAAAAAACAGAGACCAAAGUCAAGAAACCGAAGAAACACAAUCCUUUCAUGCCAAGUGGCAAGGGCAAAGGCAUUAGGAGGAACGCUCAGGACGGCGCUGUAGGCGCAGGAGAGAAUGGAAAAAGAACUUUGUUCGACCAGUUGGAAGAUUUACGUAUUGACCCGUCACAGCCUGAAGACAGACAGGAUUUCCAGGGCCUUAUGGAUUGGUGGAACACCGUGGAGUCCUGGGAGGACACGCCUCAAGAGGAUGACAUGACAGAAAAACAAGAGGCCAAGGCGUUUGCUGUGACGGCGGACAAGGUGCAGAAGGGAAUCCGCGUCUUCAACAAACUGUUCUCGGAGCGGGCUGAGAGCCUCUGGCAGCACGUCAUCGACCUCAACAGCAUCGCAGACGGCCUGGACAAGUUCAACAAGAACACAAAGAUCGCCCAAAUCACCGGCGGCUCCACCAGCGCCAUCGGGGGCGUGGCCACCAUCACCGGCCUCGCUCUGGCCCCGGUCACCUUCGGGGUCUCUCUGAUUAUUACGGCUGUAGGAUUGGGUGUCGCUACGGCAGGCGGUCUGACAUCAGCAGGCGCCGGCAUCUCCAACCAGGUCAACAACUCCCAGGACCGCAAGAAAGUGGAGAAGAUCGUGAAUGAUUAUAUGGAGAAGAUGGUCGACCUCAACAAGUGCCUGAAGUUCAUCAAGCAGGGAAUCGAGAACAUGAAGCGGUUUGACCUGAUCAAGAUGAAGGAACACGCCUACAACCGAGACUUCCCUGUGCUCAGCAAGAGUAUUUAUGAAGACGGCGCCAUGGCAGGGAAGGCCAUCCUCAUCAGCGCUAACGAGAUCAUGCGUGUGGUGCAGAUCGCCAACGUGGCAGGAAGCACCGCAGCGAGAGCGGUCCAGAUCGCUAGUAUGGCCACUGGUGUGCUCACUGGACUCUUUGUAGGCAUGGACAUCUACUUCGUGGCCAAGGACUCCAAAGAACUGAAGAAAGGGGCCAAGUCCGAGUUUGCCGCCAAAAUCAGGGAGGUGGCGACGCAGCUGCACGACGGCCUGGUGGAGCUGAACACGAUACGAGAGGAGCUGCAGUGCAGCGGGCCAGCAAACGACGAAGGCACCGACACAGCCCCAUUGGACAGUGACAAGAAAGACGACAAACAUGACAGUUCAAGUGAAGAUGAAAUCGACCGCAUCAAAAAAGCCAUUAAAAAGGACUAUGAGAACCGAGAAUAUGUUUGAAGGCCUGAAACUUUGCUCUAUCAUUAGGGGUUCAGAUGCAAGCUUCAAACAUUCUCAGUUUCCAAGUUCCCCUACAGAACAAGUACUUUGAAGGUACCGGCUUAACGUCUAUUCUAUGAGGUGGUUGGUGCACAUUGCUUAAAACUGAAGAGUACAAUCAGGCCUUUUUCCAAUGAGGAAAUACGUGCGUGUGUGUCCGUGUCCCUGUGUGUCCGUGUGUGUGUGUGUGUCUGUGUGUGUGUGUCCAUGUGUGUGUGUCCGUGUGUGUCCUGGGAGGAACUGAGGCUCUGCUUCUCUGGCUGUUGUGCCAAUGUGUCAAGAAAAUGGGAUUCAAAGACCAAACUAAAUCAUGAAUUUGGAUAGUACACUUUUAGAUUUUUAAAGGAAUAGGUACAAAGUAUUUUUUAGAGACUUUAUAAGUCUGCCUUUAAAGUGAUUGUUAGAGUUCCAUUAAAGUGUGUUGAUUCUGUUAGAAACGCUCACUGAUCAGGUGUAGACUUUGCUUAUACUCUUACGGGUGCCUUAAUUAUGUUUAAAUAAUAGUCUAUCUUUUCUAUGUCUAUGUUUGUUUUGGUGUCAGGGCUGCAACGAAACCCCUCGUCCUCUGCUUUAAGUUCUGGAUUUAAUGUGGGGUGUUUUAACGUAUUGAUGACUUUUGUCUCAUUUUAAAGAAUGGCGCAAUAAGCUUUGCAUCAGAUGACAAGAGCUAAUAAAACAACAAAAUUAACCUCAUUAACCUAGCUGUAGCAAACCUUAAACAAAUGUGUUUUUAGGAAGUCACAUGUCAAUCAAACUUUGCUGCCAAUACUUUUCUUAAAUGCAAUUAAUGUUUUAUAUUCAAGCAGGGCAUAAAUGGAGAAUUAUGUGUUUUAGAAUUAUUCAUAUUUAUCCAGUCUAGGAUGAAUGGGAAAUAUCUGAUUAUGCUAUAGCUAAGCUAACGCCUCGUGGUCCUUUAGUACUUCGGCUCUUUUUUGUAAUGAAUAGUUUUUACUCACUAAACGGCAUUAUUAAACUUAAUUUUGAGAGUUAGAUUUUAUGUAUGUCACCCAUUUUUUAUAUUAUUGCCAAAUCUCCUGAGUCUAGUCACAAUGAAAGCAAGCUAACGUUAGCUUUUGGUCUGUUAGCUAUGCCUCCUGGGUGUAAAUAUUUUAACAGUGACUAAUCUGUUCAUGUGAAUCCGUUGUUGUGGAGCAACCGGUUUUAUUUGAUUGAAGUGUAAAUCUUAACUUAGUACACACUUGACCACUGGUGCAAAAUAAUGGGAAUAUACAGACGUAAAAUCUGAGGAGAACUUCUAUCAUGGUGUUCUUUGUUUUUUAACAGUCCUGCAGGUUUAACCGUUGUCUUCAGCCAUACAGUAGUUAAUGUUUUAAUGGUUUGGAAAAUGAUCUCUUACAACUGGAAUGACGACGGUGUCAACCUCUUCUGAAAAUAACUGUUUGCCUUUUCCUUUUAUUACAUUAAUCUUUUUAAAUUAUUUCAAAGUCAUGCUCCAUUAUGUGGUUCAUACUGGAAGCUCUGCUGAUGUCAGUCCUGUGGUCUGUUUAAUGAACUUAAUAUUUAUUUUCUGGGUGCCGUUCAUUCGACCUGUACAUGUGCAAUAUAUUGUAGAAUCUGUAAUACUUUUAAAUUGACAAAUAAAGGUCAGAUAAAUAUG